ACCGACUAGUUUUAAAAAGCAAAAAAACAAAGCCAAAUUGCUUUCAUACUGCAAGCCCCUGCAGGUGCGGUCGUUGUGAAAUUUCCAUUUCCAAAUUCCAACUUGCUUUAAGCUAUUAACAAGUUUGAUCAAAUAUACAUUUCUUAGCUUUUCCGGCGGAUUUCUACUCCGCAGAGGUGGAGCACGGCUUCGUCGGUCGGUCGGUGCUCGAUCAACCCAAUCCUGACUCCCCGGUCAGUUUAGUUGUUGCUUUCGGAUGGCGAAGCGUGGAUAUAAAUUGCAGGAGUUUGUGGCACAUUCGGGGAAUGUGAAUUGUUUAAGGUUUGGUAAGAAGACAUUUAGGAUGUUCAUAACUGGGGAUGAUGAUCAUAGUGUGAACGUAUGGUCAAUUGGCAAACCAACCCCCUCCUCUAUUUUAUCUGGCCACACAGGUCCAAUAGAGUCUGUAGCUUUUGAUUCAGCAGAGCUUUUAGUGGCCGCUGGAGCUUCAUCUGGUUUAAUAAAGAUGUGGGAUCUGGAGGAUGCUAAGACUAUUCGCACUCUUAGUGGACACAAAUCAUAUUGCAAAGCUGUUGAAUUUUAUCCGUUCGGUGAAUUUUUUGCUUCUGGGUCUGUGGACACUUACCUAAAGAUGUGGGAUAUAAGAAAGAAAGAAUGCAUACACACAUAUAAGGGUCACACACGAGCAAUUAGCACCAUACGAUUCACCCCGGAUGGUCGAUGGGUAGUUUCUGGUGGACUUGACAAUGUUGUUAAGGUAUGGGAUCUAACAGCUGGGAAACUUUUACAUGAUUUCAAACAUGAAGGGCAUAUUCGGUCCAUAGAUUUCCAUCCUCUCGAGUUUCUUCUGGCAACAGGCUCAGCAGACCAAACUGUAAAGUUUUGGGAUUUGGAAACUUUUGAAAUGAUUGGAUCUGUGAGGCGUGAGGCUACAGGAGUAAGGUCAAUAGCUUUUCAUCCUGAUGGAAGGACUUUAUUUUGUGGACUAGAUGAUAGCUUGAAGGUUUAUUCAUGGGAACCUGUACUUUGCCAUGAUUCUAUUGAUAUGGGAUGGUCAACACUUGGUGAUCUCUGCAUUCACGAUGGAAAACUUUUGGGCGGUGCAUAUUACCGGAACUCUGUUGGGAUUUGGGUAGCAGAUACUUCGGUCAUCGAACCCUAUGGUUCUUGUAUGAACACCAAGCAGAAUAGCAACUUGAAGCAGAUACAAGAACAAAAGGAAAAUGCGGUGCAAAUAUUAGGCAGCAAUAGAAGUUCAAAUUCAAGUAUCUGCUGUUCAUCUCCUGAUUAUGAUUCCAAAGAGAUAAAGAAUAUAUAUGUUGACAGUGAAGAUCCUAUCACCACCAAGAAGAAUGGUUCUUUUCAUUCUCCUGAAAUUAUUCCCCAACCUGAUUGUAAGGAGAGUGAUCCUCUAUGCACUCAGAAGCGGAGUUCUCUUAAAGUGUCAAACAGAAAAACCAAAGAAUCUGCCAGCAAUAAUUCUUUCAUUGCCCCAGUUCUUGUUCCUCAUGAUAGUCAAGAUUUGGCCAGUUCUAGAAGGGAAGUCAUUUCAACUACCAGGGCCAAUCCCAGUAUGUCCAUUAGGCGGUCUCAAUCAAGGAGGCCAGCAAACAAUUUUGAUAUGGAGAAAACAAUUAAACCAGAUUCAAUUCAGAACGUCUUAAAGGAAAAAGACUCAUCUGCUAAGAAUGGUGAAGAUAAGUCAGAGAAACUGAUAUUUCAAUCAGCAGCCGCAGUUGCUGUGGCACCAGGAAGGACACGUAGUCUGGUUGAAAGAUUUGAGAAGAGGGAGAUACCACAAGGUGAUGAUGCAUGCUACCCUGGCACAGUUCUUUCUUUAGAACCCGAAGAAGCAAAAUCCUCCCCUUUACAGGUUGAGAGAGUUGACAGAAAAGUAAGGGUGAACAAUGAAGAUGCCCGAACUUCUGACACUACUGACAUUGGUCCUCUUUCUAAACCUGAGGAGUCAAGACCACCUCCUAAUCAUCCUUCACCUGUUGAAAGAUUUGAUGGAAGAAGAAAUUGGAUAGAUGAUGCUUCCCAGAUUCCUCAUACAGACACUUGUUCUAAACCUGAGGAAGUAAACCCACCUUCCCCAGUUGAGAGGGUUGAUGGAAGAGAAAAGUUGGGAGCUGGUGAUGCCCAUACUUCUGAUACAAUUCCUCAAUCUAAUCCUGAGGAAGCAAAAAAUAUUCCUUUGCUGACUUCUAAUGCAGAAAUUGUUGGAGGGGCUGAAACAACUGUGAGUGAUAUUGGUAUCAUUGAAAAUCUGAUGCAGAGUCAUGACAUCAUUUUAAGUACAUUGAGAUCGCGGCUAACAAAGUUGCAGGUAGUUCGACAUUUUUGGCAGCAGAAUGACAUUAAGGGUGCAAUAAAUGCCUUGAAGAAAUUGCCUAAUCAAUCUGUACAAGCAGAUGUAGUCAGUGUUCUCAUUGAAAGAAUGGAGAUUUUUACCUUAGAGUUGUUUUCUUCCAUACUUCCGGUCCUGUUGAGCUUACUAGAAAGCAAAGUUGAAAGGCAUGCAAAUGUUUCUCUAGAGAUACUAUUGAAGCUUGUGGCAAUCUUUGGUCCAGUAGUUCGAUCAGCUGUUUCAGCACGUCCAUCUGUAGGUGUUGAUCUUCAUGCAGAGGAGAGAAUUGAAUGCUGCAGACAGUGCUUAGCGCAUCUCCAGAUUAUCCAAAACAGUAUUCCGACGCUUAUGCGGAGAGGAGGCUUGCUGGCAAAAUCUGCACAUCAGCUAAAUCUUGUUCUUCAGCAAUGAUGAUAGUAUAUAUGCACAGCACCUACCCACCAUAUGAAGAUAUCAGUAUAUCACCAUCAGUUUUUGUCCAUAUGGUUUCCAUCUUUUGCUACCAAAGUCCAAAACUGCUUAUGGGUUAGCCAGAUCCUACCAUAUAAGCUGCCAGCUAAAGAGCACGUGAUGGGCCGUUUUUUGCAGAAAUUAACACCACCUGGUAAUAAGCUCCUGGAUCAUGGCUGCCGGAAUUUGGGCACUAUCUUUGUAUGUAAUAGCAUCAAGCAAACUUCAAUGACAUGUAUACUUGUACCUCAAUUGUUCAAAUAUAUAUAAAAUAUAAUUAGUUAACUUAAAUGUACUAGCAGCCCCUUUAGGGUCAAAUUCUGUUGUAUGUAAAGACUGGCUAUUCGUCCAAGUUAUACAAAAAAAUUACUAAUUCGAUAUUUAGGUCAA